UUAUAGAUACAUUAUGGAAGAAGCUUCCUUUCCUCACAAGAAUACCUUACAAAAGGAUCAAGAGUGUUGUAUCGUGGGUAGAAGAGAUAUAAAUUCUAAUAUUGAGACCCAAGCAAAUAGGCUUCUAUUCAAGAUCAUGAGAGAUCAUAUCAGUGAAUUCAAUGCUGAUUUAUUUCAUUUAUUCAAAUUAUUGGAAUUCAAGUUUGAAGAUCUUCAAGAGCAUGGAAGUAAAACAAUUUUUAAGUUUCCUUUGCCAAAUGCCCAGAUUAAUUGCCUAAGGAUUGUUAACAUUUCAAAGAAGAUGAAAUACAUCAACCAGCUUCUUGACAAAUUAAAGAUAAAUCAACUAAAGGAGGUUGUUUUUCAUUGUGCAAAACAUAAGAUAACAAAUUUUGGAUUCUAUAUAGCCAGAUUUUGCAAAGUAUUGAGCACUUCAAUUUCGGAGAUUACUAUUCAAGGGUGGGCUCUGUCCCAUAAGCAAUUCUGCAGGAUUUUAGCCUCAUGUAGCAAUAAGCUUAAAGUAGAUUUUAUUAAAUGUGGAAUAAAGAUAAAAUAAUCUUGAUUGCCUGAAAGACUGAAAGCCAUCAAUUAAGGAACUCAAAUUUGAUUGGUGAAUUAUAACCCAAGAGGAAGAAGACCCAGAAUAUAAUAAUCUUAUUGAGAAGAUUGCAUUCUCCAGCUUGCAGUCAUCAUUAAAGAGAUUAGUCAUAAUACCUACAAAGGAUUCAAACCCAUUAGCACAGUAUAAGCCAUCUAGAGGGUUUAACAUCAAUGGAAUCAGUGUUAAAUUGGGCAAAAUAUCAUUUAUCCCACCUUCAGAAGAAUAGGUGCCUAAAAGUUUGAUCCAUAAAUCUACAGCGAAUUCCUUCUUGCC